AUGACAUUUUCAUCAGAGAUGGAAACUGAGUUAUCGACUCACAUAAAGACAUUGGCUGAGCAGUUCCACGGACUCACACGUAAGUUGAUAGUGGAAUAUGCAUUAAGAAACAAUGUUACGGUCCCUGAUUCCUGGCAACAAAACGGAAUGACUGGCAAGCAUUUUGGAUAUCCUUUAAAGAAAGAAACCAUCAAGCAAUUCGAACACCAGAAGCUUGCUAGAGCAAGUGCGUUCAAUCGCUAUAACAUUGACAAGUUUUACGACAACUUAAAGGAUGGUAAGGGUCUGCACAAGUUUGAAUGCCACGACAUUUAUAAUGCAAAUGGAACCGAAUGCACAACUGUGAAGCAAUCUGAAAAUGUUGUUGUUGCAGAGGGAGUGAAAAAAGUAGGAUCGAUAACUUCUGCCGAGAGAGGACACUUUGUAACAGUUGUGCAUGCAGUUAAUGCAGCAGGAAGUGUUGUUCCAUCACUGCUGAUCUUCCCACGAAAAAACAAUAGGGAUUAUUUAAUCGAAGUGGUCCUGCAGGGUGUAUCGGAAGAGUCAAUUCCAGUGGAUGGAUUAAUGGAGAUCUGUUUAUGA